GAUAAUAGCCAUGGGACUCUUAUAAUCAGCUCGAAACUGCCAUGGCUCCACCUCCCAAUUGAAAGGAACAGUAACUAGUAGGGAAAGAGACCUCUGUCCUUCCCUUCUCCAAUGGCGCGCAAACAUUUCAUAAUCAAACACAAGAAAAUUGCCGUAGGUACUCUUGGGAAAGCCAAUGAAGUCGUGGCCUUGGAGGGUAAAUGAAUAAAGUAUUGAUUUUGAGAGCUAUCCCUUAGAAAAUAUGGGUGAAUUGCGUACGAGUCAGGUUCGGGAUUCCGGUUUGUGGUCCGAAGAGCACGACCGGUUGCCGUUGAAGCAGCGGUUGAAAAUUCUGUUGGCUCGCAGUAGUUUUUCCGAUUUAUUCCCGGAUUUCGAUUCGGAAGAUGACGGGACCUCGAAUUUACCCGCGGUCGAUAAUGAUGCUUUUGUGAAGGAGGAGGAUGACAAUGGGCAGUGUGGCUCUGAGAGUUUCUCUUCUGCUAGCCUUGCUCGGGAAGGAAAGGUUGGGAGUUGGUCAUAUGAACAAAAUCACAUUGGUGAUCAGGGGGGUUGCAGUGAUCAAGUUAUUGAAGCAAAUAAAGUCUGUGUUGAGAUGGUUCCAGCAGAGGUACUUAGUGGCAUGGAAAGUAGUUCCUGUCAGCAAUCGCUGCUGUCAUCACGUGAUGUUUCCAUCAAUGUCCAGUGUUCUGGCCACAGUCCAUCAAGUCCAUUUAAAAACCCUUCAAAUUGUGCAAAUGGUGGUGAUUUGCUAGAGAUUAAGAAUGAUAACCCUGUUGACUUUUUUGAUGAACUUGAUCAUGUUGUACUCAAGGAACGUCAGAGAAGGCUUGUGCUAAGUUGCAGCCAAAUGUUGGGGUUGACCAAGACUCCUUUAGAGGGUAAUACUGCCCUAUCGUCUAUGCCAGCUUUGGAUGAUUUAAACAAGCAAGGUGCUGGAAUUGAUAAAGAAGAGACUGAUUAUGUUGAUAAGGAGUCACCAUUUGGUGAAAACUCCAAUCGCAAGAUGCAAACAACUUCUAUCUCUGGUUCAUCAAAAGGUGUCAUUAUGGCAUUACCUAAUGCAGAUCAUAGAAAUUCACAGUUCUUGUGUAACUGGCAGGGUAAUAAAUCAAUUAAAUCAGGAAAAAUGACGACAAUUCAAGAACAGGUUAAGACAUGUUCUUUGGAGAAAGAGUUCUCUACAUCUGGUGCAAACGGUAGACAGAAUCUUUUGUCCAGUAAAAGUAUCAUGCACAAUUCAGGUGUAGCAACUCAAGCACAUGCUAUGACAUGCUUUUCGGAGAACAAGUUCUCUAUGUCUGGUGCAAACAGUAGACAAAAUCUUUUGUCCAGUAAAAGUUCCAUGCAUAAUUCAGCUGUAGCAAAUGUUGUCAACGUCAAGGUAGAACCCUUGGAUAAUGACGAGGCAAGCCAAAAAAGUUUUCCUUCAGGCCAUUUGCCUUUGGAUAACGUGGAUCUGGUUAAAAGUGAACCUGAUCUUUCUGCUGAUUCCAAUGAUGAUGAGCUUGAUCAUUUGUUGCUGCGAGAGAGGAUGAAAUUGCUGUCAGCACAAGUGCCUCAUUCAGAUGUCGUUGGAAUGGAAUGGUUGAGCAAGAUGGUUCCUGCUGGAUUAGAUUGUCAUCCCAUAGCACAGGAAUCUGCCAAGCCACUGAAGAUUAACCGUCCUAGGAAAAGGAGAAAAUCAGCCACGGAUUCUGUUGAAACAGCAUUGGAGGAGGAUGCUCCUGGGCUUCUGCAGGUAUUGAUUCAGAAGGGUGUAUCAGUUAAUGAAAUUAAACUUUAUGGGGAAAAGGAAAGUGACGAGGCCCUUGAUGAUUUGUCCACUGAAGACAACUUUUCAGAACUCGAAGCUAUUAUUUCAAAGCUAUUUUCUCAACGGAGUUCAUUGUUAAAGCUUGCUCCAUUGCGGUGUGCCAAGGGUGACAAAGCUACCUAUUGUUUGGCUUGUCUCUUUUCACUUGUGGAGCAGGCACGAUAUUUACAAUUCAGAAAGUGGCCUGUUGAAUGGGGGUGGUGCCGAGACCUUCAAGCAUUCAUAUUUGUAUUUGAGAGACACAAUAGGAUAGUGCUUGAACGCCCUGAGUAUGGUUACGCAACAUACUUCUUUGAGUUGAUGGAUUCCUUACCUAUAGAUUGGCAGAUCAAGCGAUUGGUGACUGCUAUGAAGCUAACUAGCUGUAGCAGGGUUGCACUGAUCGAGAACAAAGCAUUAGUGGUUGGAGAGGACCUGACUGAAGGUGAAGCAAGGGUCUUGAUGGAAUAUGGUUGGAUACCAAAUUCUGGACUUGGAUCCAUGCUAAACUACUGUGACAGAGUUGUUCAUGACAGGAAAAGUGAGGACACCUCGGAGUGGAGGUCAAAAAUAGGUAAGUUGCUUAUAGAUGGUUACAAUGGUGGCUGUAUAGUACCAACGGACGUUCCAAAAAAGGUGGUGGAGUAUAAUUUUGCUCAGGCCCCUCAGAUUAAGAUGGAAAUGAAUUGAGGUUAAGUUGGUCCUGAUGUUGUAGACACGCUCAGUUCUAGACUCUUGUACAUUGUAGGGCUUUAACUCCUUACCUGAUAACAUUUUGUACGGUUGAUGUACCUCCAGUCUGAGAUGUAUUCUUUUGGGCCUCUAAUAGGGGUAUUAUAUAUGUGUAUUUGCGCUCAAAGUUGAAAUUCUUUUC